AUGACAAUUAUCGAGAAAUUCAUUCCGAUCACGGAAGGAAAGCCCACAGGUGCCACGUUGAAAAAAGCAGUGCUCAGCGCCAAAGAGGACAUCGCAAUUCCGCAUAAUCUGAGUGACCUUUCAACGUAUAGCAAAUUCUUGGCUCUAUAUGCGAGGAACCCAGAGGAUGCAGCUUACUACUCUAUAGAAGAGAAGCAAGAUUGCAAAAUUAAGCAGGAAUGGGAGCUCCUAUUCAAAUAUCUUCAGGGUACCGAGCCAACCGAAUCUUCGAUCAGUGAAAAUUUGGUUGAAUACAUUGUGCCAUCAGAUGUUGCUGACCGUUUCACCAAUUCUUUAGGAUUGCCAGUCAAAGUCUCGGAAUACAUGAAGGAAGGUGAGUCACAAAUCAGGGGCUGUAUAACCACCAUAGAGAAUGAAAAUGAUUUUAAUGACUGGUUUAUCUUUCACAUAUUGGAUCAAACACGGCUUGCGCUCAGUGGAGUACCAUUCGAAAGCGCAAAUGCUGGCCAGAGUUAUCAUGAGAAAUUUGCUGAUUUUUUUCAAGAAAGCUUGAAAAACACUAUUAUCGAUGACCAGUGGGAGGCUGGAGGACGUGAUUACUUCAUCAAGCGAGCCAAGUAUUUCACCGACAGGAACUUGAAAAUCGAGUGUGUUUUGCCAGCGUUCCCUUGUAAGUCAUCCAAUUCUGAUAAAGUUGGAGGAAUAUAUCCAGACAAGGGCGAAGAAUUUGCAUUGCGAAGACUCAUGAAGGCUACGCAGGAUGCGCAAAAAGUAUAUCCACCUGGAAUGAAAAUUUGGAUUGUGAGCGAUGGCCACGUUUUUUCUGACUGCAUUGGAGUUGACGACGACGUUGUCAGCAGUUAUACAGCCAAGUUGCACCAACUGUACGAGAAGAUUAAAAUUCCUGGUGUCGACGCCAUCGGUUUCUGCGGGUUGAAUGAUUUGUUCUUCAGUGGUGCUGCAGCUUCCAAAUUCAAGACUGAAUGGAUUGCAGACGUGGAGCUCGACCAUUUGACGGGUACCCAAAUUUGCCCUGUGUCCGACGUCUCCAGGGGCAUCUUGAUGAGAGGUUGUGACACAGAUGACGGAAGACUCAGAAAACAGAUUAGCAUCGACGGUCAUCCAAGAUUGCACCUGUAUAGGGGUUUCUCCCGUUUUAUGCUGGAAGAUCUCUCUCGUCUGUCGUACUUUGAGGGCAGCUCGAGGAAGGGUUUUAAAAAGACAAUUUCUAGGAUCGCAUUCAAUAUGAUCAGAAGAAAUGAUGCCUAUUCCAACCUUGUGGAGCUAAUUUUCCCACAUCACAUGAGAUUGUCAAUUCAUGCUCACACAAACAGUGGCCCAAAAUUCGGUAUCAAAGUUAUCUCUUCGGAGCAGUGUCGCAUUGUCAAGUCUCUGGAUGACUUGGAGGAGCCAAAAUUUGAAGACCUCCUGCACAUUCCAACGCCAUGGCAUAACUGUGUUGUGAAGGUUGACGAUAACCAUUACGUUCUGACGAAGGCAAGCGUCGUCAAGGAAGCUCUAGAAAAUGGUUCGUAUGUGGGACAAUGGGUCGAGACAAGUCUCGAACUUGGUGAAGGCGGACAUUAUAGGAUCAGAAAGUUCGAGUAA